UGUCUUUUGCUGCAGAGGUCCACCUUCAUUCCUCAAUAUAACGUCAUGUUCCCAACAAAUGAAGUGGAGAUACUGUACACCAUAUGAAAGAUGACGACUGCGAUGGGAGUCGGAACGCUUCGGAGAUCCUUUUUAUUUUAUCUCCAGACUGUAAUAAAGAAGAUGAAGUCAUCGCUCGGUGUUCUCCAGAAGUAAUUUCCAUUACUGAUAAUACUCCUCAGAGAACUUUGGAAAGAUCCGUGGAUCCGCCCAAUCCUGAGGAAUCUCCCGAUAAGUCCCAGACUGGCUCUUCAUAUAGUCCUCAAACAUCCGAGAGUUCGGAAACCUCGGGAGAUCCAUCUAAUCCCAUGGAACCUUCUUCAAGCCAUGGAGUUCAUACAGGAGAGCAUUCAUUGUCAUGUCCAGAGUGCGGGAAAUGUUUCUCUCAGAAAGGAAACCUUAUCAGGCACCAGAAAAUUCACACGGGCGAGCGUCCGUUUUCAUGUUCAGAGUGUGGGAAAUCUUUCAUACAGAAAGUAAGCCUUCUUUUACACCAGCGAAAUCACACCGGCGAACGUCCGUUUGCAUGCGCCGAGUGCGGCAAAAGUUUUAAUGGGAAAAGCCUACUUCAUAGACACCAGAAAAUUCACGUGGGCGAGCGACAAUUCUCGUGUUUAGAGUGCGGGAAAAGCUUUUUCCAGAAAGGAGGCCUUCUUCUGCACCAGAGAAAUCACGCCGGAGAAUCACCUUUUUUAUGUUCGGAGUGCGGGAAAUGUUUUAACGAGAAGAGCUUGCUUCUCAGACACUCGAGAAUUCACACGGGGUUGCGCCCUUUUACGUGUUCGGAGUGCGGGAAAGGUUUUGCUCUAAAUCGAGACCUUGUUAAACACCAGAUGGAUCACAAAGGUGAGCUCCAGUUUUCCAGCUUGAUAUCCGGAAAACCCUUUAUUAGGAAAAGCGUAGUCAUUGGCAACAAAAGCAUUCACAAUCGCCAGGGUCCCUUUCAGUGUCCCGAAUGCGGGAAAUGUUUUUCCGAGCAAGGAGAGCUUUCUGAACACCAGGGAAGUCACGCAACGGAAUAUCCUUGUUCAGAGUGCGGGAAAUGUUUUAGUUUGAAAAGAGCACUUCUUACACAUCAGAGAGCUCACACGGCGGUGCAUCCUUAUUCAUGUACCGAGUGCGGGAAAUCUUUCACUAUAAAAGCAAGGUUUCUCGCACACCAGAGAAGUCACACGGGCGAGCGUCCUUUUCCAUGUUCCGAGUGCGACAAAAGUUUUCCAGUGAAAUCGAGACUUCUUAUUCAUCAGAGAAUCCACACGGGCGAGCGCCCUUUUUCGUGUUCCGAGUGCGGUAAAAGUUUUGCUGAGAAACGCGUACUUUACAUACACCGGAGGGUUCACACGGGCGAGCAGCCCUAUUCCUGUUCCGAGUGCGGGGCACGUUUCGCCGACAGGCGACAACUUCUCCGGCAUCAAAGAUCUCACACGGGCGAGUGCCCUUAUUCGUGCCCCCAGUGCGGUAAAUGUUUCGCUCUAAAAAUAGAGCUUUUUAGGCACCAGAGCAGUCACACCCCUAAGGGUCCUUUUCCCUGCGUAGAGUGCGGGAAAAAAUUCAACGUAAAAGCGAGGCUUCGUUUGCACCACAGAACUCACACGGGCGAGCGCCCUUUUCCGUGCUCUGAGUGCGGCAAACGCUUCACGCAAAAGUCAAGCCUUCUCAUACACCAGAGGGUCCACACGGGUGAGCGCCCUUUUUUGUGCUCUGAGUGCGGGAAACGUUUUUCCGAGAAAAGCAUUCUUCUUAUACACCAGAGGAUUCACACGGGCGAACGCCCCUUUUUGUGUACGGAGUGCGAGAGGUGUUUCAGCACGAAGACAGGCCUUCGCAAACACCAAAUAAGCCACGUCCGUAAGGGUCCUUUUUCGUGUGCAGAGUGCGGGAAAUGUUUUAAGCAUGAAGGAAAUUUAAUUCGGCAUCGGAGCGCUCACACUUGCUGAAACUGUUUGCAAAAGUACGGCGGCUUCCAACAGGUGGAACGGAUUGGUCCAUAGGAGUGAAACCAACCAACCGACCACCGUCUCUAUAUAAUCCAUCGAUCUUCUCUCUCUCUCUCUUAUUUUCUUUUUUGACCCCCGUUUGGCUCUUUAAAUGAAUAAACAAUUGUAAUAAUUUUGUUUAUAUCUGUUCAUUAAAGUGUAAAUAAAAGACCUGUUGAUCCUGCCAGAAA